GCUUAGAACACAUAAGAUCAGAUGUGAAUGCUUACUCUCUUUGGUCAUGGCCAUGGAUGUAACAAGUGUGAUCAGUAGGAGCAUCCUUUUGACACCAAAACCCAUUUUCAGCUUGAUGAUGAUACCAGACUCUUGAGUAAAAUUAAAGGCAAUUGAGGAAAGGUGAGACUGUGAGAGUAGAGAAGUUAGUAAACUAGUGCUGUGAGUAGAGUGGAGAUGGAUAUGAAGUUAGGCUGCACUUAUAUAUACAGUAUAGAUGAAGAAUGUAAACUUCACUUUAUGUUUAUUUCAAUGGAAAGUUGAGUGGAGUAAUAAUUACUCGGUACUAGGUAGUUAAUGUCCUACUAGGGCAAGGAUGGAUAGGAGCAGGGGGAGGUGGGGGGCUCACUGAAAUUAAAUAAGGUUUCCCAAAAUAAAACGUGUCAGGCUUACAAUUCCAUGCAUGCACCGAUGAACUUUAAUUUCUUAUUAUAGACGAAGUAAUAAAUGAUAGGGAGUAAAACAAUUAUUUAUCCUACAACUAAAAGAAAUGCGUAGUAAGAAAUUAUUCUUAGCAUCAUUAAUUAUAAUUAUAAUAUAUACUUCCUAUGUUCUUUUUAAUUCUAAUUGCAUUGGUCCACUUAUUACGUUUAAUAUGCCAAAACACAAAUUUGAUCAUUAAUGUUUUUCAUUCCUUAUUAAUACAAAAUUAAUGCAAAAUUUGGCCUUUGACACUUCUUGUGUGUUGGAGAGAGAUUUAUUGGAAAAUUCAGUUCAAGUAUUUUUAUGCAUGGUCCUUAAACUUUUAUAAAUAAAUGUUUCGUAUUGUCAAAAUGGUGUUAGAGAACUUUUCAAUUUUUGUAGCAGUUUUAAAAAAUUGGAUGAAUGAUGUUGGAAAGUUUUUGUGAUUCUCCGAAACCCCUCAAAUGCUCAAAAUGGGUGAGGUUGAUGAAUAACUAACUAAAUGAUAAUUUAUGCUCAAUUUAAAAUCAAUAUAUCAAUCUGAGUUUGUCAUAUCUUGGAAGCAAUUUUGAUUAUAAUUCAUUGGGAAAAGGUGCAAAUAGGCCCAUGUACUAACCAAAAAAAGUCAAAUAAGCCCUUAUUUAGGAGACUCUGUCUGACCGUCGUCAUUUGGGGUGGUUCCCGGUGGAAUUUUUUGAUGAAGUUUUUUGAACAUCUUAUUCAUCAAGUCUAGUUUACUCAUACCAAAAUUCAGCUAAAAUUUCAAUCGGGAAGACAUUGAAAUGAAUUCUUGAAGAUAACUGUGUCAAUCGGGAAGGCAUAUCAAUGUUUGUGUGAUUCAACAAUGUUAAUCUCGAUUUCAGAAGUUGUCUGUAGCUAAUUUUUGGCAAUCUUCUUGACGAUUUUAGAAAUUUGGUACUGUUCAUUUUCAAAUUUUCUGUCGGCUCUAUCGGAUUUGUUUGACCUUGAGUGCUGAUUUAUGCCAUUUCGAAGCUUUGCCAAUGGUUUUUUAUUUCCUAAUCUCACUUUUCAUAUGAUUUAUAUUCAGAUUAUGUUUACAAAUUAUGUGUACGACCAUUGAAUACCCGUUUAACAAUACCCACCCAUGUCACUAUGUGACCAUGUGCUAUUCCCAUCUAUGGAUGUUUAUUUGCAUACCAUUCCAUGAUCUAAUUAAAGUGGAUCAUGGACGUUUGUUCCCAUACCAUUCUAUGCCGUUUCUAUGCCGUUUGUUUAUUAUAUACUACGUACAUAGAUCUGUAUUAAAUUAUAUUCCGUUUUUUGUACUUAUUUUUUUAUCAUAAGUAAGUCAAGUAUGGUACACAUAAUUCUCACUCGAUGUAUGAAAUUCAAAUAAGUCUAAUGUUCACACUUACACAUUUGUAAUUUGUCCCAGACUAGAGCAGACCAGACCAGACUUGGAUAGUUAUAAAAAUACAAAGAAACCAGACCUUACCAGACCAUAUCAGACCAGUUCAGACCAGACCAGACUAGACCAGACCAGACCAGCAAAUUACAGUCCAAGUAAAAACAUCCAUAAUGACAAAUGGAAGCUGACCUAAAUAAGACACGAUUAUACAUCUUACGUGUUAAUUAUGAGAUUGUUAUUCAUUUUACUAGUAAAUCACCCGUGCGAUGCACGGUCGGAGAAUUUCUAUCCCAUUUUACCUUCCUUCGAAAUAAUUUCAAAACAAUCGCCAUAAAAGAUCUAUUGACAAAAAUAUAGGUGCACAACAACUUUCUCACAACUCUAGUAAAAUUUCACCAAGUUUGUCAAAUUUCACCACGGUUGGUGAAAUUUUAUUUGUAAAAUUUCAGUCAAAUUAGACAUAAAAAUAAAUUUGUACUUUUAAUUGAAUAGUUUAGAAUUAUAUAUUAAUACAGUUUGACAUAACAUGAAAUAUACUCCCUUCGUCUCGUAGAAACAUUUUCAGUUCCUGUUUGGGACGCCCCGUAUAAAGGUUCUUAUUUUUAUUUAAAAAGAAACAAUCAUAAAUGACAUGUUAAUCACUAAAUAUUAAAAAUAAUAUUGAUAAAUUUGAUAAAUGUUCCCCAACAUUUAUCACACCUAAAAUAGGUGGUUCUCGGGAUUAAAGAAAUCACAGUUAUUUGGUAAAUUAUUUUAAUAAAUAAGUAAUAAGGUUAUACGAAUUGCACUGGUUUAAUGAAUUGUCUGGCUAAACAGGCAAAUCAGGGGGUGCAAAUAUGUGGAAAGGGUAACUAUAUUUGGCACCUUGUGAGCAUGGUCAUUGCCUAACCAAGUUCCAAGGGCCUUGCAUAUUAACAGGCUUUUCAUUAUUAGUGUAUUGCUGAUAUAGUCUGGAAUAAAUACUACGGAAGUGCGCAAUAAAAAUAUUUAGUUUUGAAGAAGUCAUUGUAGGAGUGACCCUUAGAAUUCCCAAUAAUACAUAUAGAAGAGCAAUUCUCGAAAUGACUUUUUAAAUUCCAAGUGUGUUGAAAAAAUGUGUGAAAAUUGCAUUAAAUGGCUAUUUUGGGGCAAUUUUUUGAGUGAGGUCCACUUCCGAUUUGGGUCGGGUCAAAGUGGUUUCGGAUUAUCCUUGUUAAGGGCUACAAUUCGAUAUAUGGUACGCUCAAAACGGAUAACGGGUGAAUGAGAAAUCGUUUUUCGAAGUUUACCCGUUAGAAGGGAAAAAGGAUGGGUUUCUACUGUGUUAAUUUCCCACACCGGAAAACCCAAGGGAUUUGCUACCCUUUAUAAAGGGACUCCCCCCUUAUGGAGUUAAGAUUCUUAAGGGUAAAGGCUCUCUCCACGCGCGCAGGGGGGGUGCAAAUCAAAUCCCGAAUUCGGAGAAGAAAAACCGCGACUUGCGUGCGCAGGCGACCUGCGGACACGAAUGUCGUCCAAAAAUCCUCAAGAGAUACGGCUAAGGAGCUAUGGAAUGCUUUGGACCACAAAUAUAAAAGCGAGGAUGCCGGCGCAAAGAAAUUUGUUGUUGGUCGAUUCCUUGAUUUUAAAAUAGUGGAUUCGAAGACGGUCUUGAGUCAAGUUGAGGAGAUGCAAAUGAUCUUCAACGAAAUUCGAGAUGAAGGAAUGACAGUUAGUGAGUCGUUCCAAGUGGCGUCAAUUAUUCAUUUAUUGCCGCCGGCUUGGAAGGAUUUCAAGAACUACCUUAAGCAUAAGCGAAAGGAAAUGAACUUGGAACAACUGAUCCUCCGUCUGCGGAUUGAAGAGGAUAACCGGAAGAAUGAUGGGAAACUCCCAAUUGUUCAUGGCGUCAAGGCCAAUGUGGUGGAGCAUGCAAAAAGCUCCAAAAAUAAAAAUAAUGGGAAGAGCAAGCUCGGUCCCAAGGGAGGCGUUUCCAAGACAAAGUUCAAUGGAAAAUGCUUCAAUUGCAAUAAAAAUGGACACAAGUCCCUGGAUUGCAAGGCACCAAAGAGAAAGAAAGAUUCUCACGUCAACUUGGUGCAAGGUGGGCAAAAGGAUGAAGACAUCAUCCUAGCGGCCGUGGUGACGGAAGUCAACCUCGUUGGAUCCAAUUCCAAGGAGUGGUUUGUGGACACCGGUGCUACCCGGAAUAUUUGCUCAAACCGGGAGUUAUUCUCUACUUUUGAGCCAUCAUACUUAAAACUGCUCUGCUCCUUCAAAGAGAAGAAACAGAAGUUACAGUAUUUUGGUGAAAGUGCAGAAGUGAUUCUUGUGAUCUAAUUUACUCCUAGGAUCAGUUUUUUAGAAGCUGGGGUAUGCUAGCUUCUGGAAACUGAUUUUGCUUCUGCUUUAAAAAAGAAACAAAAACAGAAUCAAACACCCCCUAAGUACUACUUAAAAGAUUAAAAACAUCUAACAAAUACAUUGAAACCAUAGCAUUGUAAAUAUGCAUUGACAUCACAAUACUAAAGCAUUACUUUCGGGUACUUAUUAUUACCCUUCAUCCUUGCUGUGAACAUAUUGUCCUUAACUGAACAUGCCCGAAUCACUGAAUCGAGAGACUGAUCAUCGCAAAAGACAACACUUUGUUCUUCCGGCAUAUGGAAGCUCAAAGGUUCAACUGUCGGGGUCUUGUAUUGAAUUUCAAACCCAAAUAUGCGCCAAGCAGCCUCGCACGCAGAAACAUAUCUACAGUCAUAGUACAUCUGUAUCUUAUCGACUGAUCGUGCAUCGCACGGUUAACAUUUGAAGUUGUUAAUAAGAAUGCUUAAGAAUCAACACAUUUUAGAAAUCGGACAUAGAGAGAUGCAAAUCCUAAAGAAAUCUAUACAGUGGCUGAGCCGAUCUUAUCCAUUUGUUUAAUCCCAAAAGCUCACACGUAGGGGCCCCAUUUUUGGAGAUUUUGCACAAAAAACCCUCGGGAACCCAUUCGUUUUUUAAGCCCAAAAUUGUUUUGCUUUUAUAUUAUAAUAGAUAAUAGAUAUUGACUCUUAAGGCCCAUAAAAUAAAAUAAAAAGUUAUCCAACAGACUCAAUUUUUUUUAUAUUUUCAAUUGAAUUGACCAAGCCUCUAUUUGCAAGAGCUUAAAAAACGUUUCUCGACUUUUGACUUAAAAAGUUAAAAUUGGUAUUUUCAGAUGACAAUUUCCACUUAAAAAAGCAUUUCUUGGUUUUUGACUGAAAAGUAUUUUUACUAUUUUUAUUAUACAAAAAGCACAUAUUUUACCAAACAUGACCCAGCUUUACUUUUCAAAUUCACGUUCUUCUCAAACACAACUUUUACUACUAAUCAUAUUAUCCAAAAUCACUUUUAAAAAGAGCUUUUUUUAAAAAAAAAAAAAAGGAAAAAGCAUUAGGAAAUAGAGAAAGCCACCAUAUACUUGCUCCGCAUAUACUUCACUAAACCAAAAGCCACUUUUUUGUACGUCGGAUCUAGAUUGCUCAUUUUCUAUCCAGAUCUCAUCUCUAGAUUUGAGGAUAAAAUAUGGCUUUGAUCUGCUUUAGGUCUCCGGUGUCUUCCCCGAAGAAAGCGUCGACUCCAGUUGUAUGCCCGGCUGCUACGCCGUCUUCUUCAUAUGCGACACCUCCCUCCGCAACUCCUCCUACUCUGUCCCCUCCAGUCACCACAAUCCAGUGAUCCACUCCUCCGUCCCUGCUGCUCCCACCAACUCUCACCCAAAAAUCCACCCACCGGUGUAGCUUCUCCUACUCUUAGGUUUGCCGCCUCUAUUCCGCCAGAGUCGUAUUUCUGAGCCAACCACAAAACACAUUCACCGCCUGUUCAUAGUGAAGCCUUCUGAUCUACAGCGCCGAACACAGAAGAUCGAACUCAAACUGGUCAGUUCAUCAAGUGGUGUUGUACACCAACGACGACUGCGAAAAAUCAUACAUCUAUUUCAACAGUGAUGAAGAGACUAGAGACCACAAUUCAAUCAUUUUUGGAGAAAAAUUCUACAAUUUGCUGUGGGAGUUUGCUAUGGGAGCUGCAGCGAGCAAGUGUGAUGCAUCCCAGUCGAUAGAACUGUGCUUUUAUACCCAAAAUUUUCAUUCAAAAAAAUUGGUUACCUAAAAACAUGCAUGGGUGAAGUACACGCAUAAGAUUUAUCAAGAUACUGAAUGAGUGAAGUACACGCAUAAGAUUUAUCAAGAUACUGCACUUUGUGAGCAUGGCAUGGGCUCUUAAAUAUUUACUCCAUAUCAAUCUAUUUGUAUUUUUAUAUUCAUUUUAAGGCCCGUGUGACCUGCCAAAUCCCCCCCUCAAGAUGUGUGUAAUCAACAAUAAUGUACAUAUUACCUUUAAGCAUGUGAAUGUGUUAAUCCAUACAUUGAUACAUAUCUAUAUCACUGUAUUCCCCACUUGUCCACUUGGCACUUGUCUACCCUUCACGCAUAAAUCAUUAAGAAUAUAUCUUUAUCUUGAA